CAUAUUUACACAAUGCUGCACAGUGGGUGAGGACAUGCUGGAAAGGUAGCGUGCUGUAUGAUCAGCAGGACACUUCCGGGAGCGAGCAUAGUUGAUAGUAGGCACGAUUGAUGGUACCGCCGUUGCCGAAUGUUCAUUGCCGAGGGGACGGUCCGUGCCAGUCUACAUAAAUUCUUUUCGAUUUCAUUAUCAUUAUUACUUGACAUAAGAAUUUAAUUAUAUCCACGUUUUUUACAUGGAUCGCAAUUUAAUCAAAUUCGUAGUGCCCCGGUCACGAAGAUAAUAAUCGGCACGCGUAUACGUGAAGCAUGAUACGGGCGACGGCGGUAUCGCGGAAAAUAAAUCUGAUAAAAAUGACGUGGUGAGGAAGAUACGCUUAUCGCUUGACGGGAGAGCGUCGAAGGAAUUACAAGAAAGUAGAAUGGAGGAGAAUACAAGCUCGGAAAAUGUCUGGCACAAGGGCAAGCCGGAGGAGCAGAGCGAGCUAUUUCAAGGAGAGUCCACUACCGCAUCUGUAGAAGCUAAUUCUACGUCAUUGGCUGAUAUAUUUGAUACGGCGUUCACGUCGACAGUUGAUCCUUCUCCGCAACCCCGAUUUCCUUCAGGUAAUGAAAUGGAGUAUGAGCAUUUAUUUGCGGAAAGUGAUAUUGAGGAGUCAGACGUAACGCCUAUAGGUCCUUAUACAAAUUCAACUCAUCCUACUGCUUCCGAAAACAAUUAUGUUUAUGGAAAUUAUUUAACGCAGCAAGACGCAACUGGUGAUUCACAGGAGUAUUGGCAAUCUGACCUCUUAAAUUGUAACAUGUGCCAAAAUAGACAAGAAAGAAACUCUAAAAAAGAUGCUCCUCGACAAUUGAAUAAUACAUGUGAAGAGAGAGUGUGUGAUAAUUAUAGAAGAAAGAGAAUUUUACAUGAUCGCGAUCUGACGGUCAAGCAUAAAACUAAAAAGAAUGAUGAGCAAAAAUUAUUGAAUAGUCAACAGCCAGAUAGUUUGAGUAUAGCUGGACCAUCUAGAUUAUCGGAUCAUCCUAUUUCAAACAAUAUAACGAGAUCAGCAGAAAAUGCAAAUGUUUCACAAAAUUUAGGAAAUGACAAUGCCAAUGAGUCUAAUAGUUUGUUUCAUUCAGUUAUGUCAAAUGUGAUGUCUUUACAAGAAAUACAUUCAUCUCAAAAUGACGAUACGCCAUCGGCACCAGAUUUGCAGCUAGAUUGGUCCUCCAGUAGUGAUAGUGAUGAUGAGGACGACUCUGUUAAAGUACUUGGAACUGUCAAUCACAAUGCCAAGAAUUCAUUAGAAAAUGCAAAUGAAGAUAAUCAUACAGUCACCGUAGUUGACUUAACUGUAGAAUCUGAUGAAGAGCAUACAUCAUCUACUCCAACAAAUCCUGUAGUUAAUCCAUGGUCAGCAGAUUAUAAUCAUAGAAAUAAUACCCACUGCGUGCAUGGAUCACCAGAUUGCUGGAAUCAGUUGCAUAACAUGCAUAAUAGAAGCACGUAUCACAAUCACAGAUUGCCUGUUCAUACAGGUUAUUCAUCUGUAGGAGAUGCAGCUCCAGAAGUAGUACAAGUAAGACCACGAAUGCAUCCUAUGCAAGAAAGAUUAUGGAUGACUCAACAACGCAUGCAAGAAGUACAUAGACGAAGACUUUACCACAGAUCUUCGUCACAUCACACUGCGGGACCAUGUAACGCUCACAUGCAUUCAUCGACACAACAUACUUGUGGAGAGGGAGGAAACAAUAGUCCCCCGAACACUCGGUGCAAUAAUGGAACGGAUAAUGCGCCGUUUACGGAAAGUUAUCUAACCCCUCCUCUUUUACCACCACCGCAGCAACCUACUGUUUACAGUCAUCCUGAGGCUCGAGGGCCAUCUAGUUUCUAUAGAGGACCAUGCCCUGUGCUGCCUAUAAUCGUAAAUCAUCAGUUGAAUAAUCAACCAGUCGACUCGAUGUCCCCGCUGAUGCUACCAAUACAUCAACCGAUACAUCAGCAUGUACAUCAUCAUAUGUAUCAUUAUGAUCCACAUCAACGGCCGUCGCAACGCAUGCAUCACGUUCACAUUAGUUUCCAUAAUCCUCAUAUGCAAGGAUCUGGAACGCACCAGAUAAUGCCAUUUGCACCAAGUAUGUCAGAAUUUUUGCAAGGAACACGUCAUCGACUGGAUAAUUAUAUGCGUAUUGUUGAUUUGCGACGUAUGGCUCAUAUAAGUUGUGGGGCUACGCAAGAGUCCAUUGAAAGCCACACAUUCCCUCACAAAUAUAAACGGGUAAAAAAGGUAGAAAAUGGGGAAGAUGCUAUUGAGAAAUGUACAAUAUGUUUAUCUGAAUUUGAAGAUUGCGAACGUGUCAGGAGGCUUCCAUGUAUGCAUUUAUUUCAUAUUGAUUGCGUCGAUCGAUGGUUAUGCACCAAUAAACGUUGUCCUAUAUGUCGAGUGGAUAUCGAAACAUUUCUCCAUAAGGAAUUUACUACUUCAGCAUAGUUUAAGGUUUUCCAUAUCUGCCUCUUUUUGAAAUAUAAUCAGAUAAUCAAAAUAACGAAGCGUCAGCCGAGUUCCUUAAGAAGACAAGAAGAGUUGUCAUUGUUCAAUUUUAAUGCAUGUAACUAUAGUUGAUUUUACACAUCUUGAUAAUGACAAAUUGACAAAUACUAAAUCGGUUUAUGAAAUAUCGUUUAUUAAUAUUUAAUUUUUAUUUUUUCGUUUCUAUAAAUGUACAAGCGAAAUUUAUGUUAUGAAAACAUUUAACAUUCUUUAUAUGAUUUUAUGUAGAUAUUACAUAUUUUAGGAUAUGUAAUAUUAAAAAAAUAUAUAUACACAGAAUAACUUGAUUCUGUAUUGAUAUAACUUCUUCUGAUACACAAGAUAUAUAUAUACAUAUAAAUUAUAUACAUUCAGUGUAUUUCAAUUUAUGAGAGUGUAUUGGAAUUUCUACUGUAAAUAUUUCAUUGAUUGUACGUAAAUUUUUGUAAUGCUUGUAUUAAAUUUGUGACUAACAAAAUUCUAGCAUUACAUGUUAUACUAGCGAUAAUUCAAAGAAUAGUUCUGUUCUAAUUUUGUCCUGAAUAUUGAUAUAAUUUCUAUUAUUAGGCCCUAAUUUGAUUCUGAAUAAUAUUAUCAUAGAUCUGCAUAUUGGAAAGAUAUUAAUUUGUAUUUGUUACAGACUUAUUAACUAUCCUCCACGUGAGAAUAUCGCUAGUGCGUUUCAAAUUACUUCAUUAUUGUAUUUAUUAAUAUAUAUUAUAUAUAUAAUAUAUAUUACAUAUUAUUUAUAUUUUUAUAGUUAUUAUUCUCCAAAAAAAUUUGAACGCGGCGUCAAUUGAAAAAAACAUUGAAAAUGAUAUAACAGGCUUUUAUGAAUACUUAUUAAUUUUUAUUAAAUUUUUUUAUUACUAUUAUUACCAAUGCUAUUACCGAUGCUAAGCCAAAGACUUAGCUUAAGUUAUAAGCGUAAACGAAUAUCUGAUCUGUAGAACGAUUAAGCAAUUUUUAAAUUAAAUUAAAGGUAAUCGCCAUUGCACCUAUGAAAACUAAAAAAAAAGUCAUUGUAUCGUCAGGCCUUAUAUAUAUUGUCACUCUUGUAUAUACGUUCUGUUACAUAAUAGAAUCAAAAUGAUACUA